UAGGUAACUGAUACCUAACAUCGCACUACCCUAUCAUCAGCAAGCCGCAAACAACACCAACUUUCCCUCCUAGAAACUUCAUGUCAAGCUGAUAAUCAUGACAUCUCACAGUAGCAACCUUCCAGCGGCCGCGGAAGAAGGGUUUAAAGAUGCUGCGUUAUAUGAUGCAUAUCGUCCUUCCUAUCCUCCAGAGGCCGUCGAGACGUUCCUUGAGAAGUUACACAUUGCGCAGCAAUUUGGCUCCCAGAUCGUGGAGAUAGCUUCCGGUACCGGCAAAUUCACAGAGCUACUAGCUAAGCGACCCGAGUCGUUCACUGUUAAGGCCAUUGAGCCUCACCAUGGCAUGAGGGAGAAGCUUGCGCAGAAGGAUUUAGCAGGUGUAGAGGUGAUCGAUGGCAAGGCUGAUAAGAUGCCGGUCGAAGAUGAGUGGGGGGACGCUUGCAUCGCUGCUCAAUCAUUUCACUGGUUUGCUACUCAAGAAGCUCUGAAGGAGAUACAACGUGUGUUGAAACCAGGAGCGGUAUUUGGUGUCAUAUGGAACAUUGAGGAUUACAACAAACCGCAGAGCUGGCAAGCAACGACAAGAUGGGAACAGAAGCUGAACGACUUCAUUUGGUCACUGGAUGAUGGGCUUCCUCGAUUUAGACAUCAGAAAUGGAAAGAAGUAUUCGAUCAGCAACUGCCAGGGAGCCCACUGCAAGCUAUCAAAGACACCUUCACGGAUCGGCUACCUAGAUUUAGUCUUCCAAUUGGGGAGGAUUCCGUCAAAUGGACAGUCUGGCUUAGCGAGGAGGCGCUUGCGUCCCGGCUGGAUACUUUAAGUCAGAUUGCUGUACUGAAGAGCGAUGAACGAGAAGCUUGGGUCAAGCUCUUCAAGGAGACAAUCCGUGGGAGUGAUGUUGAGAGGAAUGACAAGGGUGAAAUCGCGGUACAUGGUGUCACGUUCUUCGCCUGGACCGAUAGAUUAUGAGAAUCAUUUAUGAGCCACGAACACACAUUAGUCAAAUUAGCAAAG